CGUUGCUGCUUCUGCUGCUGCUGCUCAAAGAGGAUCAUACAUUUGGGAAAAAACGAUAGACAGGACCAGUCUCUCCAACUUGCUACCCGAGUCUUUGACAUUCUCCCACGUAAAAAGGUCUGUGGGGCAGAUGGAAAGAGUGGAAGAAGGGGUGGAAUAUUGAGAAGGACCAGAAUACCUGAAGAGUAUAUCAUUCUAAAGAAACCAACCAGGUUUUGCCACUACUCUCAGCAUUUUAUGGGGGUCCUCUCACUGCCUGAAUCAUCCAGAAGAAUAAUGGACAAAAUAAGAUCUGAGCCAAUGGAGUCUCCUGAAGGAUGCUGUUCUCUAAUACUGGAAUGAAGUGACAAGAGAUGGCAGCUGGACCAUACACACAACCUUAGGAUCCUGGAUCUGGAGAGAACCUUUUGAUCUGAGGACCCGAGUAUCAGAAUGAUCCACUUUUCUUUGAAAUCCAUUGCUAAUGAGUUCAAAAAUAGAGAACAAAGAUAUUGAGAAAGAUAACCAAGCAUUUUAGUGAGAAUCAGUUCCAAUAGUUUGGAGAUAACUUUGGGUAUCUCACUAUGGGUUUCUGUAAGAUUUGAACCUUGUCAUACCAGGUAAAACCCACAUUGUCCUUGACAAUUAUACAAAUGCCAUUUCAAUGGUUAUCGGUCCCAUGAUCUUCUCAAAGGACCCCUAUCCAUUAAAUGAUUUCCCAAAUUAAUGUAUUAUUAAUGUAUUGGAAUCAAGUAAAUUACCACGUAUGGAUUGAAAGUGUCAAUUGUAAUUCUCAGGGAGUUAAAAAAAAAUCAUUGUCAGGCCCACUCCCUUCACCACAAUACUUGUGGUAAAGAUUGAAAGAUUGAAGCUGCCUUAGAACAUAUGGGAAAGUUUGUCUUGGAAAUCUUGAAUGCAGUUUUCACUUGCACAGUAACAAAACCCAUGUUACCCGAAUGAAUUUGAUACCAGUGUAGACGGACAGGUGAGAUAAGUCAGGGAAAAACCCGAUGGAGAAGAUUACAUGGGAAAGAUAAGGCCGGUUCAAAAUGACUUGCCAAGUUUCUUCUGCACAGAGAAAAAGCCUUCUGUAGCCUGUCCAAAGUCAUGAUGUGCCAUGGCAUGCCCUGCGUCCUGAGUUGGAACUAUUUACGACAAUAGAACUAUUUACGACAAUAUAACUAUUUACGACAAUAGAACUAUUUACGACAAUAGAACUAUUUAAGACAAUAGAACUAUUUACGACAAUAGAACUAUUUAAGACAAUAUAACUAUUUACGACAAUAAAACUAUUUAAGACAAUAGAACUAUUUACGACAAUAGAACUAUUUAAGACAAUAGAACUAUUUACGACAAUAGAACUAUUUACGACAAUAGAACUAUUUAAGACAAUAGAACUAUUUACGACAAUAGAACUAUUUAAGACAAUAGAACUAUUUACGACAAUAGAAUACUUAAGAAUAUUGUGGAUUAAUCAAGUGUCCUAGAACAGAGAUUUUGGUUGGCCUCUGGCUUUCAUUUCUUCAACAUUGCCGGUUUGAGGACUCUUUUCACCUCUUUGGAAAUCCCCGUCACAUGUAGAGCCAAGCAGGAUUUUCCAAAAUGGCUCCCUCUUGGAGACUAGGAGCAUGUAGCCUGUUGGCGGCCCUUUGGCUUUUGCAUUGCUGUAGUUGUGGAUGGUCGGAGAGGACUAGUGGCAUGGCCGAGGGAGAAACUAAGGAGCAGGAGCUCAUGUCCCAUGAACGAGUGAAGAGGGGAUGGGUGUGGAACCAGUUCUUUGUGGUGGAGGAGUACACAGGCACAGAACCUCUCUACGUUGGAAAGAUACAAGAUGUCUUAGACUCAGUUAAAGCCACAAUCUGUGAGAUGUGCAUACCACCAAACAGUGGGCCACCAACAAAAAACAUCCACACGGAUUCGGACGAGGGCGAGGGGAACAUCAAGUACACCAUCUCCGGGGAAGGAGCGGGCACUAUCUUCAUCAUCGACGAGCUGACAGGCGACAUCCACGCCACCGAGCGAUUGGACCGUGAGGAGCAGAGCUACUACACCCUCAGAGCUCAGGCCCGGGACCGACUCACCAACCACCUUCUGGAAUCCGAGUCAGAGUUCGUCAUCAAGGUCCAGGAUAUCAACGACAGUGAACCCAAGUUCCUGGAAGGGCCAUAUAUUGGGAGUGUGGCGGAGCUUUCACAAAUGGGAACAUCAGUGAUGAAGGUCACUGCAUGGGAUGCAGAUGACCCUACGUACGGAAGCAGUGCCAGGGUGGUGUACAGUGUGCUGGACGGAGAGAGCUUCUUUACCGUGGACAGACAGACUGGACUGAUUCGGACGGCUGUGGCAGAUCUGGACCGGGAGACGCAGGAUCGCUAUGAGCUGGUCGUCAUGGCUACCGAUAUGGCAGGCCAAAUGGGUGGUCUUUCCGGCUCCACCACGGUGACCAUAGUGAUCACAGAUGUUAAUGACAACCCACCACGCUUUCCGCAGAAGAUGUACCAGUUUUCGGUGUCUGAGGGGGCGGCCGUGGGGACACCGGUGGGGAGGGUGAUCGCCACGGAUACGGACAUGGGGGAGAACACGGACAUGAGCUACCUGAUCAAAGACGAGGAGGGCGGGGAACUCUUCAAGGUUACCACUGACGGAGACACACAGGAAGCCGUCAUCACUAUCAAAAAGCCACUGGACUUUGAGAGCAAGCGUACACACAACGUGGUGGUGGAGGCUGUCAACAAGCACGUGGACCCCCGAUUUUUGGAGCUUGGCUCUUUCCGCGACCAGACAAUUGUGCGGGUCAGCGUAACCGACGCGGACGAGCCGCCUGUCUUCCUCCCUGCUGAGGGGGCAAUCAUGGAGGUCCAGGAGGAUGCCAGGCUAGGUGCGCUGGUGGGCACAGCUACAGCCAAGGACCCAGACAAGGAGAACGCACCUGUCAGGUUCUCCAUUGACCGAAGUACAGACCAGGAGCAGAUCUUUCACAUUGAUCCAGUAUCGGGCGCCAUCACCCUGGGCAAAAUUCUGGACCGAGAGACGGCUGGCUGGCACAACAUCACUGUGACAGCAGUGGAAGCAGAUAAUGUAUCCCAGAUAUCCCAUUCAUCAGUGAGCAUUCGUAUCCUGGACGUGAACGAUAACCCUCCUGAACUGGCCAGACCUUACGAGGCGUCCAUCUGUGAGGACGUUAAGCCGGGUCAGCUCAUUCACACCAUCAGCGUGGUGGAUAGGGACGAGCCGCAGUCGGGCCAACGCUUCUCCUUCACCCUGGCUGCGGAGGCCACCAACAACCGCCACUUCACCCUGUGGGAUGUCAAAGACAACACUGUAGGGAUCCGGACCCAGCGCUCGGGCUUCAACCGCCACGAGCAGAACGUCUACCUGCUGCCUAUCCUGGUGGUUGAUACCGGGCCUCCUGCUCUGAGCUCCACGGGCACCCUGACCAUCCACGUGUGUGGCUGCGACCCGGAGGGCGCCAUCCAGUCCUGCAAUGCCACCGCCUACGUCAUUAGCGCCUCACUCAGUCCCGGGGCCCUCAUAGCCCUACUGGUCUGCAUGCUCAUACUCAUAGUCCUGGUGCUGCUAAUCCUAACCCUGAAGCGCCACCGCAAAGGCCAGCGGAUGUCAGAGGACGAGGAGGACAUGCGCGACAACGUCAUCAAGUACAACGACGAGGGAGGCGGCGAGCAGGACACGCAGGCCUACGACAUGAGUGCCCUGCGCAACCUCUAUGACUUCCCCGAGGCCAAGAGUGGAUCUUCUGAGUCAGGCCCUGAUCUGCAUGCACUGCCCCAGUGGAUCCAGGGGCGGGUGAGCGGGGAUGGCGGGGCAGCCGACUUCUCCCUCUUCAAGGGCUACAUCCGCAAGAAGGUGGAGCAGGCGGAUGCCGACCUGUCAGUACCGCCCUACGACUCGUUCCAGACGUACGCCUUUGAAGGCACCAGCUCGCCGGCCCUCUCCCUCAGCUCUAUCCACACCCUGUCCACUACGUCCGAGCAGGAUUUCUCCUACCUCAGUGACUGGGGGCCACGUUUCAGGCAGCUGGCGGGCUACUACGCCCCGGGACAUCCUGAGGAAGAGGGCUCCUAGCAGUGUCCUCAGCCCAAACCUUUGCCUUCUCCUCUGUCCCCAGCACCGUAUCAAGGGAGCCCAGUGUCAACACUGUCCUAUAAAGCCCUCCUCCAUCAUCUCCACAGCACCAGAAUUGAAGCCCAGUUGGUGUGUUGGAAAUCGAUUAGGUCAAAAAAUCUUUCUUGCUUUGAAUCUUUAAGUUUGAAGUUUUUCAAAGCAAAACAUUGUUUUUAAAGGUUUUGUAACUCCAGGGUGAAAGGUGGGCUGAUUCAAUGAGGGAUAAAAGCAGGUGUUAUCCGUUCACUUUUCCCUUAAUUCCAAUAAGGAACAGAGGAGUAUGACGUAAUAAAAUAUAAGUGGGGCACCACAGGUUACAAUACCAUUACCUUUCAAAUUAGUUUCUGGGUAUGUUCUGUCUGGAAUCAAAGACUGGUUUCAUUUUUAGCUGUGUGAGUGGACGCUCUGAGGACAUUCCGAGAAAUAUGAACAUUAUGAAACUCAGCAGGGGGUCAAGUAUUUUUUUUUCAAGACAAGGCAAACUAUCUGAUAUAUGUAUUUAUUUAAGAAAAUAUUUACAGUAUUUAUUCCUUUGUAUUUAUUUAUUUAUUUUGUCCAUAAUCACCGCACCACUUGUAACAAUGAACAUCAGUGAAGAAGGAUACAGAAAGAAGAAAAAAAGGUUUAUUAUGGUGAGAACCUGAGGAGAGAAGAGCUUCUACAGAAGCGCUUAGCAUAGAUAGAACUUUACAUACUGCUUUCACAAAGGUGAUAUUUGGGUCACAGACAACUACAGUAUUGGAAAUAUUUGUAUUUAUUUUUCAGGAACACUUUUGUAAAAUAAACAACUGAAGACAGAGCGCGACAGAAAAUAAAAGAGUGAGAGAACAAAGGAAGAGACAAUUCAGUGCACAGAUUGGUUUUGUGUUGACAUACUUUCACUGUAUUGUGAAGAUUUCUAAGGGGUUAUGAAGGUUGUGGGACAUUAUGUGAUAACCAGGGUUUUUGCUUUUCUUUUUCAGCGCCAUUUAAAAGGCUAUAAGGCACAAUCCACACGAGUGAUCCAGGACUAUAUGAAAUGACUGUUGGUUUCAUGGAGUUGGCUAUAAGCUAACUCUUCCUGAGGAGUUAAUUUUCAUUCCAGUAUUUGUAUGUGUGAGUGUGUAAUAUGCGAACAACUUGUUUUAUAUUCUGAAAGAUUUGAUCGCUUUUGUUCUUUUGGGUCUAUUUUAGAAGAUGGAUGGAUAUGUGAAGGGGUGACAGGUACAGGAAUAAAGGAUGAGGAGAUGGAAGUCCUCUAUCCACCAUCCAGAACCUAUUUAAUGUUGACCUUAAACUUGCAAAUGU